AUGAACGUAUCUACAGCCAAGACAGAAAUUAGUGAUGCUAAAACCAAGAAGAAAAGUGGAAUGAUGAAGAAUCAGAGUCCUCAAAGAACCAGCGUCAGGGUUGUGGGCCCCCAAAUAAUGAGUCAAGUAGCAGCUCCUCUCGACAUUUCGCAAGACUCCAUCAUUUCUGGGGCUCUUAAAAUCGUGGAAUCUCCUAUAGGGGCACACAAGAAAACUUUGACGACAAGAAGCGGGUCUCUUGUGAGAAGAGGAUCUUCGAUCAGCCAAAAAUCAAGGGCGUCGUCUGGGGUCAGUCAACGGAGAGGGUCGUUGCUUUGCGAACGACGAGCUAGUGAACUUCAGUUGGACAAUGCUGAUCGCCUUUCAGGGUUGAUUCUGAACUGCAAGCAAGUGAUGGCCGAUCUUGACUGCGAUUUCGAGAGCGACUAUGAUGAAUGA